UCUGAAGUACACCAAGACCUUAUGACAGUUGUUCACAUCUUCCUUCCAAAACUAACUGACUGAGUUGGGGCUAGAAGUUUGGUGAAGAAGUUUUGUUUUGUUUUGUUUUUUGUUGUUUUUUUAAAAUACUUCAUUUUGGUGCAUUGAGCAUUUUAGAUAUGAUUUAUCACUAACAAACAGAGCUAAAGUGCUAACUCACUGACCAUAAACAGUAAAAAACAAAAAUAAAAUACAGACUUAGCGAUUAUCCCUGCUCCUGAGCAUGACUGGGCCUUAGCACAAAUCAUUAUUCACUAUGUAAUGAUCAAGUGCUGACUUGAAUAUGGGACAUUAACUACUUCCACACACUAAACAUUCUCACUGAAGGGAAAUGAAGGCAUAAAGGUGUUUUAUAUUUCAAGCAUGGAGCGUUAUGUGCUCGGCUUAGUUUCUCUUAUGAACAUGAUACACUAAGGGCGUGGCCACAUGGGGCAGGGUGUCAUAGGGGUGCAAUUGCCUGUCACCCUACCAUCACACUACUGAGCUGCAAAACAAGAGGCAACUGUCCAGCAAUUUCAGCAACAAGUGGCGUCAAUCCAUUUAUUCACUUCUAUGUAAAUUAUGUAUGAUGCUGUAAAGCGGUGGUCACCAACCCUGUUCCUGGAGAGCUACCUUUCUGAAGACUUUCUCUCCAACAAUAACACUGCCCAUCUGACCAUCUAAUCAUUAGAAGCCUUAAGAAGUUCUUGAUCAGGUGUGUUAGAUUUCAGAUGGAUAUGAAACCUACAGGAAGGUAGAUCUCGUGGAAGAGAGUUGGUGACCACUGCUGUAAAGCGACAAAUCCAAACGAUUGGGUUGAACGAUUCCUCAGAACCGGUUCUGCGAUGUAUGUGGUCCAAUGUUUCUUCAGUUCCCUUCUCACUACUUGAGUUCCUACCUGAAAUUAGUGUUUGACACAAACAUGGGGGAAUAAAUCUAAUCCUGUCAUAAAUAACCUCUCGUUAAAUUGACAGGCCACAACCACAGAUUAUUCAAUGAUUAUUAUUAUUGUUGUUGUUGUUGUUGUUGUUCAGUGUUCUGUGUACAUUAAACCUGCAGCUCAGAUACUCAACUAAUGAACCUCAAAUAAACACCUGGACACACACUUUGGAGCCAUCACUUUUAAAACUCUGAUAUUUUUUCAGUGAGACGAUUUUUAAGCUUCUUCGAGCUGAGGGGAAGGAGGUGGAUUAAAAGAGCUCGUUAUAAAAUGGCUGUUGUUUAUAAACGUGAUGGUAGAGAUGGUCUCAUUCCAUGUCCUCAUUCUCCAGCUUUUGUAAUGUUUUUGAGUUUGUUUGGGAGUCUUAUUACUUAAAAACAAAUUUUCCAGUUUGCAAAGACAGUUAUUUGUAUUGCUUCUCUAACUUUCCCUGAGUUGUUUGACAGUUUUCGCAGCAUUGUCUGAGGAACAAACGCGACUUCCGCCACGACUCGGCUCCCAGCCGCUCUGACAACACGUAGUCAGGUUCAGAGUUUGAGAGGAAGUUAAAGCAAAGCCACACCCCGGUCGGUGCGUCACCCAAUCAGAAGCCUGCACUGAAUCCGUCCCACCAAUGAGAGAAGUUCGAGGCGGAGUCACGAGUGCUGUUGCUAGGGCUAAAGCUUCUACUUUGUUACUAUCACUGCCUGGCCAAUGAAAUGCCAGCUCGUGAGGUAUCAAAAUUCUCUCACGCGAACUGCACCGGAUUGGGCGCGAAGCGUCGCUUAUCCCCACCCUUCGCCUCAUGGUGCGCUGGGAUUGGACGGUUGAGCUGUCAAUCACGGUGAAGGUUCACUAUGUUCCGUUGAUGUGAAUUUGGCGACUCGCUUCACUACACAGAGCUGCCUGGCCAUAACGGGGCGUUACCAACUUUUUUGUUUUUCUUUUAUUUUUUUUUCGUAUAUUUUUUUCCCCACACAGAAUCGGUUUCGAUUUUUGUACUUUGUAAAUAUUUUCUCCGAUUUUGUACCAGUUGAGUCGGGAUGGAGCUGAAUUCUCUGUUAAUCCUGCUCGAGGCUGCAGAGUAUCUGGAGAGAAGAGACAGAGAGGCUGAACAUGGUUAUGCGUCAGUGUUACCCUACAGCUCCGACUUCAACAGGAAGAAAAAAACACAGCUGCUCUCACGCAGACCCAGCAACAGCAACAACAUCAACAAUAACAACAGCAACAACAACAGAUCGUCGCACAAUGAACUGGAGAAACACAGACGUGCUAAGUUGCGUCUCUAUCUGGAGCAGCUGAAGCAGCUCGUGCCUUUAGGACCUGACAGUACGCGACACACAACACUGAGUCUGCUCAAACGGGCCAGGAUGCACAUCAAGAAGUUAGAAGAACAGGAUAAGAAGGCGGUGAAUGUGAAGGAGCAGCUGCAGAGGGAGCAUCGCUACUUAAAGCGUCGCCUCGAACAGCUCUCACUGCAGCGUAUUCGCACUGACAGCAUGGGCUCUACCAUCUCUACUGACUCAGAGCAGGAGGUGGACAUUGAGGGGAUGGAGUUCACCCCCGGUGAUGGAGACAGCGUGGACGGAGUAAGCGACACCGAGGAUCACUACAGCCCAUGCAGCUUUUAGGCCACGCCCCUCUGUCCAACCUCCCUGCCCUCUCAAACAGGAAGUGGGCUGUUCUGUACUUCCUGUUCUUCCUGUACGUCCUGUUUCCUAUAUCCGGCUCUGAAGAACAACCUGUGGUCCGAUCAUUUCGGCUCUGACCCGUCUCUACACCCACCAAGUGAGCGAGUGUGUAUUUGAGACGCUGCCAUAUUAAACCAGGCUGGAUCCGUGAGGCGAACGAAGUAGCAUUUAGCACACUACACCUCACGCACUUCUCACACUAAACAAACAAAACGUUUUUUUCCCCCCAAAAUAAAUUAGCACUCGAAUAAAUUAGCAUCACUUAUAAUUAUUCAUCGCUGUGUGAAUUAGCAGUGUGACAGCUAGCAAAAAACAGCAACUUGAGGAUGGAUCAGUCAACAAGGGGCGGGACUUACAUUACAUUUCAUUGCAUCAGCCAAUGGCAAUCUUGAUCAUGUGACCUCACAAGUAACAUUUCUUUUACUUCUUUCGCUUGACUUAAUAGUUAGCUAAAAGCUAGACUUCUAACUACUUAGCACAGCUAACGUUAACGUUACCUCUUCUAUAUUCAAUGAUUGGCUGAUCAAAUGUACCUUAAGCCCCGAUCCCCACUGACUUAAGCCUGAGGCAUGUCACUCAAAAAAAAUAUGUAUAAGAAGUGUGUCCUAGCUCCCAGCCAAUCAGGAUCCAGCCUUUUUUCCCCUCUCAGUAGCAACGUGAUGUAGCAAUAACGACGCUGUGUGUGUGUGUGUGUAUAUGUAUAAUUCACUAACACAAUCGCGCACACACACUCGACGCAGCGUACACACACACUCCUCACACAGUGACACGUCAGAGCCGGAUGCUAGCUUGUAGCAGAGUUUAGAUUAGCAUGCAGCUACAACACAGUGAGUUAAUUUGCAGUAUUCAUUGUGGACACACACACACACACACAGAGACCUAUCUUUAGCGUACGUCGUCCCAAAAUUUUAGCAAAAAUAUUUUACAGAAAAAUUAAUUUUUUAAAAAUCCCGUAAACACUGGUGUAGUGGGCGUGGCCUGUGCUGUGAUUUCAUACUCAUAUUUUAUACAGUUAUCUUGGCUACACUGCUUAGCUACUUUUAGCUGCUGGCGUAAUUCCAGCUAACUGGCUGUAGAGGUGCAGUGUGUAUGACAUCAUCAGGAUGGCCACACCCCCUCCACCUGCUAGGUGGAUUCAAACAAACAAAAAAAAGUGUAUAUUAAAUAGAAGUGUAUAAAAGUGUGUAGGUCACCGAGUGACUUUAGCUCUAUAUUUCUGUCAGAAUUUUUUUUAUUAUAUUUUCCUAAAAUGCAAAAGACCAAAAAAAGAAAAUAUAAAUAAAAAUAUUAAAUACAUACAUAUAUAAUUAUAUACAAGAGGCCGACCUCCGCCAUCUUUCUGUGCCUUCGUCAUGUCCUAUUCCUCUCCCUGUACACUUCCACUUACUCCCUACACCCUACUCUCUACUACCUACUCUGGUCUACUUUGAAGGGCGCGGCCUGGGCCUGUCCCGAUCCAACAAGUAGACUUCUCUUUAAGGAGAGCCCACAUACCACUUCCUGCUGACAUCCCCUUGCUCCCUACCCCCUUACUGUCUCUCCUCAGGUCUGCUUCCUCAUGUACACACUCACUAACACCCCUCAACACAGACUUUUUAAAACAAGGUGUGGCUGGGUCGCAUCCCUCCAGUGGUCAUGUCUCAUUGCUCUCCCUGCUGACUCCCCCUUACCCUCAAGCCCUACUCAGGUCUCCUUCCGGUACACACUCGGUUACUUGCUCAGAAGGAACUAAGUGAGGAUAUGCGGCUGGUGUGUGUCCUAAUCCGACAACAAACCUGUACGCUUCAGGGCGCCUCCUACAUCCUCGUCCCUUUCAUACUCACUCCUGUGGUUAUGGUCUUUACUCUUAGUGCUGAGGAAGACACUGGGAGAAGAUCGAUCAUGGCAGCUCGGGCUCUUCUGCCCUCUCUCACCUUCUCUUCGUGCACUUCCCGAUAGUAGUAGUAAUAGUAGUAGUAGUAGUAGUAGUAGUAGUAGUAGUGUUAAGUAGUGUUAAACUCCUGCCCAGGGGGAUUGUGGGUAAUGUAGUCCCUCUGAUGAGCAUAGUGAAGGUAGUAUGUGACAGACUGGUCUGAGAUCAGUGUGAACAGGCAGCUUUCAUCACGAGGAACACACACACACACACACACACACACACACACACACACACACACCCCUCUCUCAAGUAGAACCUAUUGGGAGUGUAGGCGGGGCUUCAGUGAUGUUAUAAGAGGUUGUUUCAAAUCUUAAAGGGACAGGAGCAGCUCCGAUGUAGCCAAUCAGCUGAGACCAGAGUAGUGUUUAUACUGAAGAAACGAGAUAGAGAGUGGGACGAGACAGAGAGUUAGACAAUGAGACAGAGAGUGAGACCGUUCUAAUACAUUCCUGUAGUCUCAGCACUUCCCGCUUUAUGUCACUGCACUUUUACUUUCAUGCCUUUUAAAGUUUUUAAUUUUUUUUAUUAUUAUUUUAAUUCUAACGCAUCGUCUUUGUGCGGCUUGUCAGUGUGAUAACACCAGGGUCAGAGGUCAGGAGUGUUCUGUGCCAGAGACCUGUUAAUACAGGAUGUGUAACAUACAUUCAAAUUUAUUUUUGUUUGUUUACACACACACACACACACACACACACACACACUGGUGCUUGUGUACUGAACAGUGUAAUAUACAGAAAUAAACCUGAUUUUAUAUA